GUCACGGGUUGCAAAACCAAGAGCAAGCUUCGUGUUGGAUAAAAACGCACAACUGCUAGUCUACAAAUGGCUUAAGAGUCUGCGUUUUCCGGAUGGACAUGCAUCGAACAUAUCAAGGCUGGUUAAUAUAGAGGACUGCAGAUUGUAUGGAAUGAAGAGUCAUGACUGCCACGUGUUUAUGCAAACACUCAUCCCAUUAGCUUUUUGUGAUUUGUUGUCAAAGGGAAUAUGGGAUGCACUCACGGAGAUCAGUCAUUUCUUCAGAGAUAUAUGCUCCAGCAAGUUGAAUGUUGAUCACAUUGAGAGGCUUCAAACGAAUAUCGUCGAGACACUAUGCAAACUUGAGAUGAUAUUCCCUCCAUCAUUUUUUGACUCAAUGGAGCAUCUCCCUAUACAUCUACCGUUCGAGGCAAAAGCUGGAGGACCGGUCCAAUAUAGAUGGAUGUACCCAUUCGAACGGUACUUGUUUAAUCUCAAGAAAAAGGUUAAGAACAAGGCGCAUGUUGAGGCUUCGAUAUGUGAGGCCUAUAUUGUUGAGGAGAUCUCAACAUUUAUCUCGUACUAUUUCGAACCUCAUCUGAGAACGAGAAUCAAUCGCGUUCCACGACAUGAUGAUGGCGGUGAAGUGCCUUCCAGUGGGAACUUGUCAAUAUUCUCCAAUACUGGACGACCCACACCUAAAAAUGUCGUAAGAGGAAGAUAUUUGUCGGAAAUAGAGUUCAAACAAGCACACAACUAUGUUCUAUUUAACUGUGAUGAAUUACAGACGGCAACACCGACGGCCUAA